AUGAACAAGAUUGUAUUUUUUAUUCUUCUCAACCUUUUUAUUCUCUGUUCGGUCAAGCAAACUGAAGCAUUACCUAUUAAAAAAUUGGCAAGUGAUUUAUUAUCCUUCGUUGGCAAAGGCACCUAUUAUGAUGUCGGCCCAGGUUCAUGUGGUCAAACGAACAGCAAUUCGGAGAUGGUCGUUGCAGUUAACAAGGAACAAAUGGCUAAUGGAAGCAACCCAAACGGUAAUCCCAAGUGUAAUAAAAAGGUCAAGAUUGUUGGACCAUCAGGCAAGUCCGCUACUGCACGAGUUGUAGACACAUGCCCUGGAUGUGAUAAUGGCUCCUUAGAUAUGUCACCAGCCUUAUUCAAGAAAGUCUGUGGUGACUUGGGAUUGGGUGUUUGUAGCAUACACUGGGAAUUUGAAUAA